AUGGAGGUGGCGCAGAAGCUGAAGGCGCAGUUGCCGGAAUCACGAACUGCGAGUUGGAUACCGUAUAGACAAACACCUUCACAGCCGCUCGACUACGAAGACGCUGCACAACGCGACGGAUUCCGUCUGCGCAUCCGUGUCAGCGACGGAUUGCACGACACCACCAGCAACAUCGUCGUGCAGCUCAUCGACGAGAACGACCAUGCACCGGACAUCGCCGGUCCAUCAGAAGUCCAAAUUCCUGAGGAUGCCGAGCGAGGCACAAUCGUCGCACGAUUCACUGUCACCGAUCGUGAUGCCGGUGAUCAUGCAAGGUAA